CGGAUGUACCUUCCUAUAAAUACGCCCCACUUGACGCCAGUGCCGAGCGGUCCAUUGAGCCCUGUCUUUAAAUAGGAGUAAUACCCCGGCGUACAGUUGUGUUAUCCUUGCGUGUCUGGUUCUUAGUUUCUCCUUUGCUUAAAAACCUCACAGAUAAAUUCCAGGAUGCCUGCUAGUAAAAACGUCCAAGGCGGGAAAGCUUUCGGUCUGUUGAAGGAGCAGCAAAAACAAAAACUGGACGAGAUAAACAAGGAAUACCUGGAGGACCAGAAAUACAGGGAUGAGGAGGGCCUGGCUGAAAAACUGGAAGGCUUAAAAAACAAAUAUGCUGAGUUCGACCUGACUGAUGAAGGAGAGAUCGAUAUGAUGGGACUGAAGAGGAUGAUGGAGAAGCUCGGGGUGCCCAAGACCCACUUGGAGUUGAAAAAGAUGAUUGUGGAGGCGUCCGGUGGCAGCAGCAACACCAUCAACUACAGGGACUUCGUCAAGAUGAUGCUGGGCAAGCGUUCCGCCGUGCUCAAGUUAAUUUUGGUGUUUGAGGAUAAAGCCAACAGCACCCCCUUCAAGCCAGACGGACCCCCUCCAAAGCGGGACAUCACCAGCCUGCCUUAAUGCUGGCCUCCAGGCCGCGUGGCGCCGUGCUCGUGUGGAAUAACGUGGAGUGUUGUAUUAAUGUUGGACCGGUGAUCCGGGAUGUGAAUAUAUGACAUGUUUGAGGUUUGUCUCAUUUGGAAGACCGAGCCCUAAACUCACUAAAUGAUUUUUGACUGUGAAUACUAUUCAUAUGUAUAUUUUUCCCUUUAGAUCAAAUGUAGCAGUGACAUGUAAUCAAUCAAAGUUGCAUUUUAAGUGUUUAAUGGUUUUAUUUUUAAGGGAAUUCUCAAACUCCACACAAGCUGCUUUUCCAUCCUUCCUGUUCAUUUUUAGCAGAUAGCAGCGUGAGUAUAGGACACUUGGGAGAAUCCGGGUUUUUUUACCGUCAUCAGUAGCCUUGCUAGCCCUUUCCACUCUGGGAAACAAAUUUAGCUCCAUUUAGAAUAUUUUCUCACAUUCACUAAGCGAGAAGAGUUUCAUAGCAAGGCCUAAAGGUGAGCCCAUCUGAUCCAGUUCUGAAAGUUUAGGUCUCAGCUUUUUGUAGAAGGAGUUUGAUUUACAGGCAGUACAAAUGUACGUAGCAUGCUACAGAAAGUACAAUCAUGUUCUUUCCAAGUGCCUCGACUUGCAGAUGCUGUGGAUCUUCAACAGAUUAAGAAAGACGAAAGAGCACACUAGCAUUAGUUGUUUUAAAACCUACAAUCCUUUAAGAUUGUGUUGAUGUGUGUUGAAUUGUGUUUUUAAUAUUUGUUUCCAUUAUUUGAUUGAAUGAAAUUGACAAGUGGUGGGGUUUAUGUUUUACGUUAUUUUGUGGGGGGUUUCCCCUUUUAUUCCAUCUUGUUUUAUACGUCACUGCAGGUGUUUUUCUGGGAGUUUUUCUUGUUUUGUUUUCCCUCCUGUUGGAUUAGUCAUCCAUGUUUGUUUAUCUGCUUCCUGUUUUCCUUUUUUAUCAGAAGAGUUCUGUAAUCUGUGCCUCUGUAUUGAUGUGGCAGACUGAUAACUAAUAUGAGAUUUUUACACAUAGCUUGGUUUUACAUCAGUUUUGUCUGUAGUCUUGUAGGAACAUUACAUUUUAGGGUUAGGGUAAGAUGUAAAAUGUUUGCAGACACCAAAGGGAUUAAACUUCGUACACUGGCCUGUUGACUUUUUUGCUCAUUGCAGUAAUAAAACCGUAUUUUAUGUGUAAAAAUUGGCAGUUUUCAUUUUGAUUGAAGCACUAAUUUGAUUUGAGUUGUUGAAUAGAGCUCAUGUUUUAAUUUGAAUUUCCAUUCAAGGUGAAGUUUACAAUUUGUCGCGACUCGUUUGGGGAAUUUUGGUGCCAACUCAUGUUUGUCUGUUCAGAUGCCGUCAUGUCAAGCUGCUCAUUGUUUUCCAGAACUACGAUGGUAUGAGUUUUUGGAGGUCUGCCACUAAUCUUAAGUUAUUAUAAUGUGAUAUUUUCAUUAUUUUUUCCCCUGUGAUAAUUUUUAUUUUAUUUUUUUCCCGUGUCUGCGCUUGUCUGCACUUGAGCAAUAAAUGUGUCCAUGUGACAUUCGUAA